GCCUCGGUGCGGGAAUAGUAUUUUUGUCCUUUCUUGUGGUGGAAGAGAAUUAGCUGUGCGUGGCAGACGAGAAAAUUAAACUAGCAUCAGAUAGCUGAAGGUGUAGUGUGAUGGCUGCUGGAUGCAGCAAGACGUUCACCUCUAAAUACGAGGAGGAGCUGUAUUACGAUGUGGAGUAUGAGGAGUUUUGCAAAACCUUUGAAUUUUCCAACUCAUCGACCUGUUGGAUUUGCAAUGGGUACUACGGACCGAACUAUGAAGAACCGCUGUGCGGUACGUGCCAUUCGUUCAUCUUUCCUAACCAUCCACAAGACGAAGCCGAAGGACUGGCGACCGAGGUAUCCGACGAUGAAGAUUCCGGUAACGAUGAACCGCCGGAGAAUGGUUCGGAAGCGAAGGAUCGUUCCGAUGGCGAUCAGGAUUUCGACCAUCUGGAUAGGCCCCGGCCAUCGGCACCGCGCAAUGUGAAUCAAUAUCUCGAUAUGCUCUCACAGCCACGGGAAGCGGAUGAAUCGGAACGGCAAAUCUGUGCCCUUCCGGUUGAGGUACUGCUAUCGAUCUUUUCCUACCUAGACGAUCUUUCCCUGUGGAAUGCGAGCGAGGUGUGCAAGCAGUGGAAGCGAAUACUGGAAGUACACAUUCCCCAGCAGAUGUGGAAGAAGUACACCAAGGAACGGUGGCCACUAUUUCAGCAGAUAUCAACCAUUCCCAACUGGCUACAUAUGUAUGGCGCACUGAUGAACUCGUGCUUCUGUCGCACGUGUUUGAUACAGAUGGCACACAAGGCACCGAUGCGCGGACGGAUGAAUCAUAUUCGCGCGAACCGGCUUCGCAAUGACAUCCGUUCGUUGGAUCUUGACGCGACGGAAGGAAUUGAUGCGGUCGCUCUGGACAAUCAGCUGUUUCACUGGCAAGCAUCGAUACUCGGUCCGGCCGGCAGCCCGUACGAGGGAGGCAAAUUUUUCCUGUACAUCGUCAUACCCUGCUCGUACCCGAUGUUACCGCCACAGGUUCGGUUUCUUACAAAAAUUGUACACCCGAAUGUGUCCCGCCACGGUGAUGUCGGUAUCGAUAUCAUACAGCACAAUUGGUCGCUGGCACUGACCAUCUCCAAGUUGCUCCUGUCCGUGCAGAGUCUACUGACGGAUCCGUUUACACAGAUUUGCAUGGAACCAGAAUUAGGCCGUAUGUAUGAGAACGACAGACCAAAGUUUGAAGCCCUCGCACGUCGUUGGACGUGGAAGUAUGCCAUGUACGAAGUGUUACCGCCGGUUGAGGGUCUGAUAUAAACACAAAGACAAGUGGGAACGCGAGCAGGCGAAAUGAGAACUGAGAACUAGUUCCAUAUUACAUCCAUUGAUAGAUUGGACCUAAAUUGUACUGUUCCGUGCUGCAGCGGGAAUUGUGUUCUUACCCUAUCGACUACCACACUAUCUAUCUCUACACUGUUGUACAUUUAUAUACCCAAGCUAACUGUAGGUUUUUGUUUUAAGUAGUAUUUACGUACCGUGUGCUUUACUGUAAUUUCCUAUUAGUGUUGCUUUCGAUGUGAUCAUUAUUCAGAAAGACAUAUUUAUGAACAAAAAAACAUAACGAAGACUUGUGAACUUGUAGAGUUCAUCGCGUGCACUAUUGUCCUCUUAUUCUCGUGGGUGGAUAAAGUAGUUCAUCCACGCUGGAAUGUAUCAGAUUGCGUUCUUAAGCGUACAUUCUACAAUGUUGUGGUGUGAACGCCCAGUAAAUGUCUCUUUGUAGGGAUUUUUUUCACUGCUCAACUCAAUCGCUAGUCAUAAGCCACAUUUUCCCCAAUAAUUUCCCACUUCCUCAAUAACUCCAUGACAAAAGGUGUUGCUCUGGGUCCAAGUUUUUGUUUUACAUUUGCAUAAUCGAACGAUUAGUGGACUUACGAAUGAAUUUACUAAAACGAAAGCAAAGCCCUAUUAGCACAAAGAUAGCAUCAGUGAUUGUAGAGGUAAAUAAGUAGCGAGAUAUUCCGAAGCUUCUGUAAGAACUUGUAAAAAAAGAAAUAUGAAAAUGUACUCGCAGAGCGUGCAAUGGACAGUUCCUCGUUCGUGUAAGAAAGGGGCAAAGAGGAUGUAAGAAAUUUAAUUAUUUACGAGGAACGGCUUGCGAAACAGCUCUUUUUAGCUGUACUUUGAUGUAACAUACGUACUGGCCAAAAAACGGGAGAUAUUAGACAGAAAAUUGCUCUGGAGCACGGCUACCAAAACAGCAACCAACACAGACAGAACAUAAUUGUAUAAUUUCGAUGUGUUGAACAUUCAUUCGUACCCGCAGUAUAAUUCCAGCAAAAGUGCCGUGCUUGUGGGCGCAUUUUUGAUAAUAAAUACAAUCCAAGAUGGUUUUCUCCCU